AGAAAAAAUGGUGCUGCAAAACCUGUUCGCCAUAGAUGGGUUUUUGGUGGAAUUGACCAGGACACCAACGACGCAUUCCUAGUUGAGGUUGAGAAAAGAGACGCCGCGACGUUGUUACCCUUAAUUCAACGUCAUAUUUUGCCUGCGUACAAUGCCAUUGGUAAUAUUGGCUACCAACAUGAUACCGUCAACCAUUCAUGGACGUUUAAGCCUCCUAGCGGUGUACACACGAAUAACGUGGAAAACCUUUGG